UGUAGGUUUCAACUUUUGGUUGGAUGUGGUAAUACAUGACACCUAAGGAAAGUAAAUGCAUAUAUCCAGUUGAGAUGGCAUACUGUGACUGAAGUUCAUGUUUAUGACUAAAAUCUGUCUAUCAGUAAAGUGUUAAAUAUUCAGCCUUCUGCUGCAAGCUUUUGGCUCUGGUUAGCAGAAGGCUCGAGUAUUAACAUUUACUGAGAUCUUAUUAUGGAAUCCAAUACACCUGAACAUUUCUGUGGCUUUUAAAGCACUGCACACAGCAGUUGCAGUUAUUUUAGCUGAUUGGACCUCUGCUCAGGUUUCUGGACUCUGUACUAAUAAGAAUGUUAAAAGUAAUUUUUUUCACAGGUGCUAAAGAGUUAGUCAGGGAGAUGUCAACCACAUCUCUGUCUGAUAGGUGGUUGAAUCAGUCCAAAUGAAAUUACCUGUGUAGCAUGGGGUUUGCAGGGUCUUUUAAAUUAAACAUUUUAUUUCAGCCAACUUGUAUUGAUAGAUGCCCUUUUGAUUAGGAACUUCCACAUGUUUCUAUCCCAGUAGUAGUAUUUCAUUUUUUUAUGGCAGAAAUUUUGAUUUGCUUACCUAUCUAGUGGAGAUCCAUGUCAGGCAAGUGUCCUGGAAAUGUACUUGAGCUUUAUCAACAAAUCAUUACUUUAAGGCAUCAUGUACUACACCAGAUCACUGGAACUGUAACAUCUGAAUGGAAUGUAGCCAUUUAACAUGUUUACACAUGCGUUUUCCUGCUAUGGCAUGUCAAACUGUCUACCACAUAAAAUGACCUAUACAUUUAAAAUGACCUAUGUCACCCAGCAGCCCAUAACAAAAUGGCUUAAUAUUUGAUUGUACCAUCAAAAUAAAUUGAUGGUUGUAAGCAUUGUCUGUAAAUAUUAGUCUAUGGUUAUUAAUUGGCAAUUUGCCGACAUGGAGGUAAAGUCCUUAAAGAGCUCAGAAAAAUCUACAACUGGGCAAAAGUCAUCUGCUGAGGAAGACCUAUUAUAAAAAGCUCCAGAACAGCAACUGAAUGGACCUCGUGAAAUGAGUUCGCAAAUCCGACAAAACUUUCACCAGGACUGCGAGGCUGCCAUUAACAGACAGAUAAAUCUGGAGCUCUAUGCCUCUUAUGUUUAUCUCUCUAUGGCAUACUAUUUUGAUAGGGAUGAUAAAUCUCUAUCAAAUUUUGUAAAGUUUUUUCAUGCACAGUCCAAAGAGGAGCACGAACAUGCAGAGAAAUUGAUGAGUCUUCAGAACAAGCGGGGAGGCAGAAUUUUUCUGCAGGACAUCAGGAAACCUGAUAGAGAUGAGUGGGGAAGCAGCCUGGAGGCUUUGGAGUGUUGCUUGCAGCUGGAGAAAAGUGUAAACCAAUCCCUGCUGGACCUGCAGAAAAUGGCGACUGAACACAAUGAUCCCCAUUUGUGCGACUUCAUAGAAACACAUUUUCUGGAUGAGCAGGUCAAAUCUGUCAAACAGCUCGCUGACUGGAUAUCCAACCUGCGUCAGAUGGGAGCCCCUCAGAGCGCCAUGGCUGAGUACCUCUUUGACAAACACACCAUGGCUGACCAAGGCAGUUAAAAGACACUGAUGAUUAUCCUGGUCAAUGCUGCAUGCCACCCUGUCCCUGCAUGUAAUAGAGAUAAGGCUGCUUAUUUAGUUUGUUAGCUGUCAAUCAACUGCAAAAUUUACAAAAGGCAUAGAUGGCUCUCUAAACUGGACUACUGCAGACCACACUUCAUGUUACACACCAGAUUACAAUGGAUAUAAUGUUGAUGUUUUAUAGAAUUAAUGACUGUGAAAACAUUAAUACAUGCCAGUUAUGUGUUCAUACUUCCUGAUAUUUUACUGGUUGUUUCUGUGUAUUUGGAGUUUACAAAGUGUGGUGGCUAAAACACUACAAUUUAAUGUCUGAGCUGAACUUUAAAGUGCUUUUUUUAAUAUUUGCUUAUUUGAGCAAUAAGUAUAUGGCGGCUGGACUGUGCCAAUGUAAUAUUUCAAUGCUUUUAAUACAAAUUACAAUUAUAUGAAAAUGUAUCAUUCAGUUUGUACUAUCUGUGUAUGUUAUUUUAAAAAUAGAUUUGCAAAAUAAUUAGACAUGUUUACUUUAAGGUACUUCAUUCUACACCUUUAAUAUAUGAUCCACAUUUGUCUCCUGAUUUAGCAUUUGCAUCUUCUUCUCAUAGUUAUACCUAAUUACCAUAUUCUCAUAUAAUAUUUGUACACUAUUGUUCCUGCAAAGACUGUGUUAUUGAGGAUAUUUAAAGGGGUGGGAGUCCUGAAAAUUGAAGCUGGCCAUCAUUUUACCUGCUGCUGAUUCUGUGUUGUACUUAUUUUAUUGGUAGACACAUUAGUAAAUGUAAUAAUUCACCAUUAAAUCAAUUAUUGAUAAAUAACUACCAGGGAUACAAUUAGAAUAACACACUUAACAUUCCACUUAACCCUCCAUGUUUUUUGUUAUUUUACCUUUUUAAAUGCAUCAGAUUUGAGUUGCAUCCCUCAUAUUUAUGGGUUAACUACAUACUGUAUAGUGACUGUGUAAGAUGACUGUAGUUGCUUUAAAUUAAUGUUAUCUGAACGCACUGAUUUGGACAGGCAAGUGAAAUCCAUGAAAUGUUUCUAACUAUUUUUUGGUGGGACGGGUCGGUUCUCUCUGCAUUUGCCUUAUAUAAUAUGAUUUAUAAUUAUUUGUAGUUAUGUGUACAGACAGUUUCCUGGUAUAAUAAAAUCAAAUAGUAAAUAAUUUCAAGGUUUUUUAUUGAAAAACAAAAGAAACAACCUAUAAUUCUUAAUAUUUAUUAGAGUACACUCAUGGAGACAAUGCUAAGAAGAAGAGCUGAAGAAUAUACUCAUUUGGGGUCUUGUUGAGGUUCAGAAGUACUGAAAUGUUAUGUUAUUUUCUCAAGGUGUUUUUUGCGUUACAAGUAGGUUAAUAGGUUCUACAAAAGCUUAACAGAAAGUAGUGAUUAACUCGGCGUUUGCGACAAAUACUUCUCAAUUGUGUAUAGGGUACCAGCUGACUGUAAGCACUUUGUGUUCCAUUUUAUGCAUGAAUUGUUCUAUAUAAAUAAAGUGUAUUAUUAUCAAUGCAA